AUGGCAGCAAAUAAAAAAAAGCCCCGAAAAGGAGCAAAUGGCUACAAGCUCCCAGAAGCGCUUCCAGAAGGAGAAAUUCUCCAGGACCUAAGCAAGCACCAGUGGAUCCUAGGAAAGUCAAUCGGAACUGGCGGAUUCGGAGAAAUUUAUUCCGCUGCAUCAUCCAGCAAGCCAAAGAACCUAUCAGCGGUGAUAAAAAUCGAGCCUCAUGGAAACGGACCGCUGUUUGAAGAUAGCAGGAGGGUCAGGGAGAGAACUCCCAAGAGGACUCCUGAGCCAGCAAGGAAGAAGAGGGAAGGGACUCCUGAGCCAGCGAGGAAGAAGAGGGAAGGAACUCCGAAGUUGGAGAAGUUGGAGAUUCCUAGGAGGAAGAGUCCGAGGGUUAAACCGCAGGUCUCGUUGGAUGAGAGCACUGUCGGGGUGGUUGUGGAUUGCAAGAGGGAGAAGCUUAGGGAUGUUAAGGCGAUUGUCGAGGCUAUGGAUAGUGAUUCUGAGACGGAGUAUGAUGUUAAGAUUAUUAUUCUUUUAUAG